AUGGAGCAGAAUUUUCAAGGCACUGCUGUCUCCUCUGUCCUGGACGAAGAAGAACUCGUCGACGAACCUUCAGCCGUGCCGAAUGCUGGACAUACAGCACGCGCCAUGACAGGUAUUCCCAGGCCGCAGCCGGAGAACGACCCAUUCAGUGCUGUCGCCUUCUGGUCACGCAAACUAGCCUUACAGUCCUCCGAUUUUUCAGCGAUGGUAGAACGCGGUUUGCAGGAGAUGCUCAAGGAAACUCGUGAUGUCAAGGAGAAGUUGCAGGGGUUCGAAACAACAGUCGACUCUUUCUCAAAAGAAACAGCGGAAUGCGAGAUCAAAAGAGCACAUGCGUUCUUCGAACAAUCAACCGCACUGCAACGGGGUAUCGAAACCAUCUCCGAUGUGAGGCGUGCAACAGAGGCCAAACUCGGCGCACUCGAUGCAUCCAUUGGCGAGAUGCGUGCCCUUAUUUCUCAGCAAACGGUGUUGAUAAAGGGUCAGGGCUUACUCAUACAAAACUUGUCUCUCAUGCUGGAAAAGGUUCACCGUUCCCAGGCCCAGGCUUCUCAUGAAGUACGGAUGCACGAGCCCUCUCCGCCGCAAACCGAAAUAAUAUCGUCAACAAAGCCGAACUUUGUUGCCUCCCUGAGCAACAUCCCUGUUCAAAGGAAACGGUCCUGCGAUGACACGGAGGUGGAAGAAAACAAUGCUGCAAGCAGGGACAAAACGGAAAACGACAAACCAAAGCUUAGCAAAACGAGGAGAAUAUUUGAGGAUGACGAAGAGUGGACUUGGGCGGGAACUCAAUAA